UUUUUACUUCAGUUUGUAUGCACUUUAGCCUCAUUUGAUUUUACAACGCGGCCUUGAGAAAUGAAGUUAUAUAAGAUUUCGCAUUCAUUAUAAAUAGAAUUAUUUACUAGAAACUUAAACAAGAAACAUGUUAUUCUACACUGUUAGUGUAUUUAGCGUGGCAACAUUCGGAUUAUUCUCAGCUGGAAAAGCUACGCUUCCUUUUACCCCUUGUAAGCGGAAUUCAGUUGAUUUUGCCGACUGUUUACAACGCUCUAUAGAAGAAGCAUGGCCACGGUUUAGUGCAGGACUGCCUGAAUAUGACUUUCCGCCUUUGGAUCCAAUGUACUUAGAACAUCUUCCAAUUACAGUUGAUUUAGACAACGUACGUGGAGAAAUAAUUAUAUCAAAUCUCACUGCCCUCGGUAUAUCGACCAUUCGUUUUCCUGCCGUGAGAUCGCAUUUUCAUGAUAACGUUUUCCGUUUGGAAAUUGACGCAGUAUUACCACUGUUGUUCAUAGAAGCUAACAUAGAAGUAAAUGGUACUAUAAGUAUAUUCAAAUUCUGUGGCAAAGGCUAUUAUAAUGAAACCGUACACGAUAUCAGAGGCACGUGGGAUUUAACAGGGCAUGUAGUAAACGAUACAUGGAAUAUAGAACAUUUCUACACUGCUCCGUCAAUGAGAAAGUAUAUCGUAUAUUUCGGAAAUUUGUCAGAAGAGGUCAAAGAGUUUAAUGAUAUUGUCGUAUAUGUUGUAAAAAUUGUAAAUGAGUACUGGCCAAUAUUACAUCGAUUAAUGUUACCAAUCACAGCUACCACAGUGGAUCCUUUUUUGGCUUCCAUUCCCAAGAAAUUUUUCUCGAAAGUUCCAUUCUCAGAAGUAUUUACGUAAACUAUAUAUAUUAUACGUUAACAAAAUUCUAAAUAUUUUAUAAACAUAUAUUCAGUUUUGUAAAAUGUGUUUAUUACAUGUAAAAAAUUGCAAAUAUUUUAUAAAGAUAGAAGCGUAUUCAAUUUUGUAAACGCUAAAGAUGUAUGAAAUAUGUUUCUUGAAAUUCCAUAAUAUAAACUUUAUUUUUUAAUUAAUAUUUGUAAGCAAAAUAGAUAAAUAACAUAUAGUAUUAACUUCAACGCCAAAUUAUUUCUCUCCUGGUUUUUGGUAUUUCUCUAGAAACUAUAUGUAUUCAAUAAAAAUAACAAAUUUUUAAUGAGAA